AUGGGGGCUGCUCACUCCACCUUGGCACCCACCUCUGAUAUUUUAGAGGUCCGUGUUUUCUUUGCUCCUGACAAAGUAUUCUACGCUGGAAACGAACGAGUGAUUGUUUUAGUAAAGGGAGUCUCUCAAGCUACGGUCGCCCUGUGUAAUGCGGGAGUGGUCGAAUCUCGUACCAUCACGAAAAAUAGUUUGGCCUGUACCUCAGGUGUGGCCUGUACAUCAUUCCCGUCAGACCUGACCGGUGAAUGGACCGAUUCAAGAACAAAUAAAGAAGUGGAUUUCAAGUCCUCGGGGGUGACUGGUUGGGAUGUGACAUUAUUUGGCAAAAGUGUUAACAGCUGGACUUGUGUCGAUGAGGACACGGAUCAAAUUUUACUGGCUUCUCCUCCUGUACAAAUUUACGGACUGGACUUUGUCGUUUAUCGUUGCAUGAAAUACCAGAAAUUGAGCAGCUGUUCCUACAAGAUAACAUUUAACAGCGGCAAAGAGAUCAACGCAGGAAACGAACGAGUGAUUGUUUUAGUAAAGGGAGACUCUAAAGCUACGGUCGCCAUGUGUAAUGCGGGAGUGGUCGAAUCUCGUACCAUCACGGAAAAUACAUGCGGUUAGGUCAUUUGUUCCCUGAGGUCACCAUACGGACACUGAGACAACUUGUCGUGUACAUUCCUUGUUAUCCUCUCGUAGAUAUUAUAUUCUAUAAAAUAGAAAUCCGUCUUUAUGUCAUAAUUCUUUGAAUGAAGUGUAAUAAAAAUAUUUUUUAAAAA